UAUCUCUACAACCACUGGAUGAUGAGAACAGCCACCUACUUCUUCAUCUUUCUCAACCUGUCCCUGGCCAUGUUUGAAGAGCCUGCUGUGUACCCACUCCCCUUCCUGAGAACAAUUCCAGCCUUUGGAGCGAUUCCAGUCCCACCCUCACGUGUGAAAGUAGAAGACAAAUGUUGCUCUUAGGCCUGACUUCUCUGCAGCCUUUAUUUGUUCUGCACCAGUGUGAUUGUGACAGGUGUGCUCCUUGAAUCCUAAGCAAACCCAAAUUUGCUGCCUUUAACCUGCCUGUGGCAGGGAAUCCCACAAAAGGAAGCCUGGAACUAUUGCUCGGUGCCAGGUAGGUGAGUGUGCAAAACAGCUGACAGCAAACCCCUCCUUUGUGCGGCCUCUGCUCGUUGUUUCUGUGCCUGAACACCCUCAUCUGUGCAGGAAGGGGUAGUGCUGCCCUGGUUGUGCUGACUGAGCCCCUCCUGUCCCUCUGCAGGUCACAUCUGUGCUGGAGGUGUUGUGCCUGCUGGUGUUCCUCGGCCGCCUGGCACACUUUGCCACGGUCACCCUGCACAGCGUGUUCUGGAAGGACACCAAGAACAUCUGCAUCAUGGUGGCAAUCCUGUUAUCUCUGACAGACUUGGCCAUAUAUGGAGUCCUCAGGGUGUACGGCGUGAGGAGCAUCCGGUGGUCGAGAAUUGUGAGGCCCAUCUUCCUGAUCAACUUUGCGGAGAGUCGCCAGAUCCGGAGAGCCUUCCGCAGCAUCCGCAACACGCUGCCAGAGAUCACCUACGUCUUCCUGCUCUUCAUGUUCAGCCUGCUCAUGUUCUCCCUCAUGGCCCUGAAGCUCUUUGGAGAGAGGAAUCUCCAGACAGCAGAAGGUUUGCCAUAUUUCAGGAACUACCUGGAAAUUGUGUUUGACCUCUACGUGCUGGUGACGACGGCGAACAGCCCGGAUGUCAUGAUGCCAGCAUUUGACUUCAGCUCCUGGUACGCCCUGUUCUUCAUCGCCUUCGUCAUCGUCAACACCUACAUCUUCAUGUCUCUCUUCCUGGCUGUGGUGUACAACAACUACAAAAAACACCUCAAGAACGAGAUCCGCAAACUCGCCUACAUGAAGCGCCGCAAGAUGAUCGAGGCCUUCAACCUCCUGAAGGAAGAGGAGGGAGAGCAGCUGGUGGUUCGAGAAGCCCGCUGGAAGCAGCUGGUCAAGCUGGUGGCUCCUGAUAUCAGCAACUCCCACCGGGAGCUGCUGCUCCGCAUCUCGGACAAUGAGCAGAAGGGGUUCGUAGACAAGAAGAGCUUCGUGCAGCUGGCAGACCUGCUCAACAUCCAGGUGGUGACGCUGAAGCUGCGCAGCCACCCCCUGGCGCGGUGGGUGCCCCGCGUGUACGGCUCGGCGGCCAGUCGGCUCCUGCGCGGCCUGGUCAGGCACAGGGCUUUUGUUUGGACUUACGAUGCGAUCAUCCUGAUAAACGCCAUCUUCAUUGCUCUGGAUGAGGAGACCCCUUACAUCUCCUACGCCGAGUGGGUGUUCCUGGCUCUGUACAUCACCGAGAUCCUCCUGAAGGUGUACACGUACGAACCGAGGGCCUUCUUCGGGAAAACCCAGUUCUGGAACUGGUUUGACACUCUCAUCAUCUUUGCUGCCCUGACUGCAACGAUUCUCAAUGCCACCCUGAAGUCGACCACGAAGUACAACAGCCAGCAGAUCCUGGACAUCGUGUUCAUCCUCCGGGUGCUCCGGCUGAUCCGGAUUGUUGACAGCAUUCAGAGGUUCCGGGUCAUCAUGAACACCCUGAUAAACAUCGUCCCGACAAUGCUGACUUUUGGUGGGCUGACUCUGGUUGUGUACUGUGUGUUUGCUAUCAUUGGCAUGGAGCUAUUCCACGGGAAGAUCCAGUUCUUCCCUGCCGACUCGAACGCUCCUCACGCCCUGGAAUGCGGGAACCCGGCUCUGAAGGAUUCCCUGUUUGCCCGGGGGAAGUACUGCAAGAACAACUUCAACGACUUCGCCUCGUCCUUCAUCGUCCUCAUGGAGCUCACCGUGGUCAACCAGUGGCACGUCUUUGCCAACGGAUUUGCCAACGUGACGGUCCAGCCUGCCAAGCUGUACUUCAUUGCCUUCCACAUUGUGAUGGUGAUAAUCAUUGUCAACAUCUUUGUGUCCUUCAUCUUGGAAGCUUUCUUUGUGGAGUACUCCCUGGAGAAGAGCGAAGUGGAAACUGCCAUCGAGCAGAAAAUCCAGGAGCUGGGAAUGGGAGUUCAAGAGGAUGAGCUCCAGGAUGAACAGCUCCUCGAUAACAUGGAGAGUGACGAGCACGAACUCGAGGGGGAAGGUGGGGCGAAGCCACAGCCCAAAGGGCUCGUGUUUAAAAUUGCCUCCAAAACACCUUUUCCUCUCCUACGUCGGCCCUUCUGUGUUCCUUGUCCUCAUUUAACCACCCUCUGAAGACACUGCCUUGGUGGCUGAGUAGUUCCUGCAUUGCCAAGAAUCCUGCUUUCCUUUCUCCUUCCUCUAUGGACUUUGCAUUCCUCCUGGCUUGGAUCACGGGGUGACUAUAUCCUCCUUUCUGCUACUAUUUUUCCUUCUUCUCCUGGCUCUCUUGCUGUUCCUCAGCAGCUCCCCAAGAUCCCUCUUGGCUGGCUGGGAUCAGGUGUCCAUUGUGAGGGAAUAGAAGGGGUCAAAAUCCUCAAUAGUGGUCUUAUGUGUGGG